AUGUGUACCUCGGAUUUACAUAUCUGGCCUAUCGUUAGUUUCUUGGAGCCGGAAUUCGUCUCGCAAAUCCACAUGAUUAUGGUGUUUGGUGCAUGUGAUAAGGCUUUAAUCGUGACGAGGGAUAAAAUGGUGUAUGCGUUAGGGACCAACAAUAACGGUUGUUUGGGGACUGGGGACACAGUCUCUACGUUAUAUCCGAAGAAGAUCGAGGUCCUGUGCAUGAAAGAUAUAAAGACGUUUACGUGUAGCAAGAAUCGUGUUCUGGCACUUACAAAAGAAGGAGAGGCAUAUUCUUGGGGAUACAAUCAUUUCGGCCAAUUGGGGAAUGGUUCAGAUGAUCAGGUCGUUAGAUUGCCUACUUUAGUAAAGAUACCGCCUCUGGAAGACGAUCUGAGUCUGAAUCGUGUGGUGGACAUAGCAUGCGAGGAUUACCAUUCCGUUGCUGUGACCGAGUUUGGAGAGGUGUUAGCUUGGGGAUAUGAUUACAUAGAAGAAAGAAAGUCAGUGGCUACACCUAUGCAAUUUGAUAGCUUAGCUGGGAAGAAGGUUGUGUACGCCUCCUGCGGUGCGGAAUUUACUAUCGUGAUUAUCGAAAAUGGUGAGGUGUAUAGUUGGGGUACUAAUAAGUAUGGGCAGCUGGGUAUAGACGACCCGCACAACCGAAAGACGCCAUGCCGAAUUGAUUCAUUGGAAGGCAUUGUGAUAGUCAAGUUGGUUUGCGGAAAUAGUCACACUCUGGCGCUUACGGACGUAGGAGACCUCUACACUUGGGGUAGGAAUAACCAUGGCCAAUUAGGGAUUGGCCACCAAAUGGAUUCCUGGAAACCAGUCUUGGUCGAGCACCAAAUGGGAAGAGUGUCUGACAUUGCUGCUCAUCAGGACAGUCAUAUAAGCAUCGCCGUCAACAAUGAAAGACAUGUAUACGUAUGGGGUGUUUGUCGCAGAAAUGCUGUCAACAUUCCAAUCGCCACCCCGUGCUUGGACAUGCACACCGCGUUUGCGUGUUACACGUCGCCGAGCGUUAUGCACCAACCGCUGAUCCUGACCGCGACUGAAGAGUCGGAAGUAUUGAAAUGUCUGAAAACUGCUUUCGAUGAUCCUUCGACAAGUGAUCUUACGAUACAAGUCGGGGGCCAACAUAUCCACGUGCACAAGGCUGUCUUGAAAAUCCGUUCUUCAUACUUUGGAGCCAUGUUUCAGCACAAUUGGGUGGAAAACAAUCAGAGUGUUAUUAAGUUGGAUCAAUUUUCCUGUAUCGUCUACAAAGCUUUUCUGAAGUACUUGUAUACCGACGUGGUUGAUUUAUCCUGGGAGCAGGUGGUAGAACUUUUGAUCCUGGCUAACGUUUAUUGCGAGAAUAGCCUUAAGAAGCAGUGUAUUCAAUUGUUAAAGCAUGAAAUUACCGUAUCGAAUAUCGCCUACUUGUAUGGCAUUGCAACCAAAUAUAACGAAGAGGGGCUACAAGAGGUCUGCAUGAAAUUUGCCGUUUUUCAUUUAACCAGUUUGGAACAGACAGAAAAUGUCGCCGAGCAGGAUCAGAACAUGAUGAAAGAUUUAAUAAAUAAGGCGAGGGAGGCUCAUGAUUUUAAGAUGUAA